UUGAGGCUGCGUUUCAGCCAGUCUCUCUGUCCUCGCACACUGUCUCAGAGUUAGUUUUGAUCCAGCUCCCUCAGUCGCCCCUUUUGCCUUCGCAAUCAACAGAGCCGCAGUGGAAGAGCAAGCACAGGAUCUGGCAUGGCUUUCUUCGCUAAAUUCGGAGGCCUGUUGCGCCACAAUUCGGCCCAGGCUGCGAUGAUGAAGUCCGGACUCGGAGCUGGUGCGGCUGCGGUACCCGCGAUGCUCAUGGCGCAGCGCUUCAUGUCUAGCUCCAAGUUGUUUAUCGGAGGUCUUGCCUGGGCAACUGACGAGAACACGUUGAGGGACGCUUUUGGUUCCUUUGGUACCGUGACUGAUGUGAAGAUCAUCCUUGACAGGGAUACUGGGAGGUCUAGGGGUUUCGGAUUCGUGAACUUCACAUCUCCCCAGGAGGCCGAAGUUGCACUUCAGGAGAUGGAUGGCCGGGAAUUAGCUGGACGUCAAAUUCGGGUUGACUAUGCCACUGACAAGUCAGAUGGAGCUCCUCGAGGCGGCGGCGGCGGCGGCGGCUGGCGUGGAAACUAUGGAGAUCGGCAGUCUAGCGGAGGCCGUUUCGAUAGCAAUAGAGACUAAAUGGCGGUGAUAGAUGGCAAACUCUGAUGGUGCAGACUUAUUCCUUAGCAGUCAAAGUAGCAAGGGUUUAGUCAUUCUGGAUUGUAUCUUUUGAGUUCCCACAUUUUAGGUUUGAUAAUUAUAGCGGGGCAUAAAGAAAAAGAUUUCUCUGGCCCCUGGCCAGAACGUACACGUUUUUGACCCUGAAAAGAUAUUUAGUAUUUGUGAGGGACAUCUUUAGCCAAGUUAGGAAGGAUAGAUAGGUGUCAUGCAUGAGGUCGGAGUAAUGCCAUGUUCACGACAUCGUGAUAGCUGUCUAAAUCUCCGCCCUUGUAGGACUCCGUUUUGGUCCAUGUGAUGACACCCCAUCGCUCGUAGUGACUCUUAGUAGUGUUUCUUACAUUUUUUCAAAGAAAAUACGUGCUCCUUUAUUUAACCUUCACAGCUGAGCUUCCGGAACCUCUGCGAUCUUUUACGUGAAAACGCGUGGGUACAUGUGUCGCUCAGUUGAGGUUUUCAAGUAUGGAGCUGACAAUGUUUUUACAAGGAGGACCAGACGAAGAUGUCGAAAUGAUUCAUUCAA